AUGUAUAGAUAUGAUGUUGAAUAUCUAUUUCAAUUUUAUACAUAUGGCAUAGAAAAACAUUUUCAUCAACAUGUAUUUGAAGAUUUUCAACAAGAAACUCUUUGUGAUCAUGAAGCUGGUCAAUUAUAUGGUUUAGAAAAAUUCUGGGCAUUUUUAAAAUAUUCUCGAGAAAAACCAAACAUCAAUUCAAAAUUUGAAGAAAUUUUAAAAAACUAUAGAAAUCUUGAAGACUUUCGUGUUGAUGGUGCAUCAUUUCCACAACAAUUUUUUCCAACAAAAUCAAAUUAUACAUUCGAAGCAAUUGCUGCUGCAGUAGCAAAGAACAGUGAUACAUCAAAUUCAUUAAAACCCAAUGGUGAACAAUAUCUGAACGGUGCUCAUAUUUUUUCAAGUGGAUUUCGAUUUAUCGUUUUAAGAAGAAUUGAUAUUGGUUUAGCUAUUGGUGGUGGUGUGAUUAAUUCUAUACUUUUUAAUGUUGAUGAUGAUCAUCGAGAUGUUAUUUUUGAUUAUUUUCAAGGUGUUAAACUAGAUGUUAUUGAAGAAGGAACUCAUUUUAUGAUUUCAUGGCUCCAUAGACCAAUUAUAUUUGAUAUUCGUACACGACCACGAUCUAUUCUAUCAAUAACAGAAAUAAAAGAUUAUGAAGAACGUGUUUUAUCAUCGAUUAUUAAUGAAACACAUUUAAGUUUUAGACCUGAAUUCACAAGUGCUGUUGAAUUAAAACAAGUUGCACAACAAGAUGUUGGAAAACAACGGUUUUUAGUUGAAAAAACGGAACAAAGUCGUCGAGCAAAUGUUAUUGCAGCAGAAGGUGAUACUCGUGCAGCUGAUUUGAUUGGCAAAGUUUUAGAUGAAGCUGGUGAUGAUUUGAUCGAACUUCGACGAAUUGAAGCCACUGAAGAUAUUGCAAAUCAAUUAUCAAAAUCAAGAAAUAGCGUCUAUUUACCACAUGGUCCUCAAAUAUUACUUAACAUUACUGGUGCUAUGCAAUAA